AUGGCUUUCACACUUCGUUCUUCCAUUUCUUUCAUUAAUCUGAAACACAAAAAUACCGCGAAAACUCCCAACGACUUCUCUGGCAUGGUUUGCUUUGCACAAAUCAGGCCAUCGUGCCGUCUCCAGGCAAAGAAUUCCAUGCAAGAAGCUCAACUGUCACGUGAGAGAACCUCAGUUUUUGAAGGAGAGAGAAAUGAGGAAAGAGAGAAGCUUCAUGGUUUAUCAAUUGUUCAUAGUAAAAAUGAUUCAAAGGUACCUGUCUUUGUGAUGCUGCCACUGGACACAGUAUCAGUUGGUGGGAACUUGAACAAGCCGAGAGCAAUGAAUGCAAGUUUGAUGGCGUUGAAAAGCGCUGGAGUCGAAGGAGUAAUGGUGGAUGCUUGGUGGGGUUUGGUGGAGAAAGAUGGACCUUUGAAAUACAACUGGGAAGGGUAUGCUGAGCUUGUGAAGAUGGUUCAAAAGCAUGGCUUGAAGCUCCAAGUUGUCAUGUCUUUUCAUCACUGUGGGGGGAAUGUUGGAGACUCCUGCAGCAUCCCUCUACCCCCUUGGGUGCUUGAAGAAAUCAGCAAGAACCCUGAUCUAGUCUACACAGACAGGUCAGGCCGGAGGAACCCUGAAUACAUCUCCUUGGGUUGUGAUUCAUUACCGGUGCUCAGAGGAAGAACACCCGUUCAGGUCUACUCCGACUACAUGAGGAGCUUCAGUGAAAGAUUCAAGGAUUACCUGGGGGAUGUUAUAGAGGAGGUUCAAGUGGGGAUGGGCCCUUGUGGAGAGCUGAGAUAUCCAUCCUACCCAGAAAGCAAUGGAACUUGGAGGUUUCCUGGAAUUGGAGAAUUUCAAUGCUACGACAAGUAUAUGAGGGCUUCAUUGGCAGCAUCAGCAGAGGCAAAGGGAAAGAAAGACUGGGGGCAAAGUGGACCUCAUGAUUCUGGCCAGUACAGACAGUUCCCAGAAGAAACCGGGUUCUUUCGGAGGGAUGGAACAUGGAACAGUGAGUAUGGGCAGUUUUUUCUAGAAUGGUAUUCCGGGAAGCUAUUAGAGCAUGGAGACAGAAUCCUAGCAGCUGCAGAGAGCAUAUUCCAAGGAACCGGAGCUAAACUAUCUGGAAAAGUAGCCGGAAUUCAUUGGCACUAUAGAUCAAGAUCUCAUGCAGCAGAACUAACAGCAGGAUACUACAACACAAGACAUCGAGAUGGUUACCUACCGAUAGCACGAAUGUUGGGCAAACAUGGAGUUGUUUUUAACUUCACAUGCACGGAGAUGAGAGACAGAGAGCAACCCGAUCAUGCGAAUUGCUCACCUGAAGGGUUAGUUCAGCAAGUGAAGAGGGCAGCUAAGACUGCUGGGACAGAGCUUGCUGGAGAGAAUGCACUGGAGAGGUAUGAUGCAGGAGCAUAUUCACAAGUAUUGGCAACAAGUAGGUCCGAUUCUGGAAAUGGAUUGAGUGCAUUUACAUACCUGCGAAUGAAUAAGCAGUUGUUUGAGCCAGAGAAUUGGCGGCAGUUGGUGGAAUUUGUGAAAAUCAUGUCGGAAGGUGGCCGGAAAACAAUACUUCCAGAGAGUGACUCAAGCAGGACAGACCUUUAUGUAGGGUUUGUCACAAAGACUAAAGCGAAGAAGGAGGCUGCCCUUGUUUAAACAUAUACCUGCAUAUUCAUGUAUAUUUUGAAUAAUUGCUACAUUCUAGUGCACUGAAAAAGAAAUAAAAAGUAAAAAGGAGAAAAAUAGCAUACAUUAUAUACUGUACAUUUGUUAUAAUGCACCAAGUCAAAACAAUGUUCAAGGCAAGAAAACUAUAAAAGUUUUCUCUAUAUUUCUACAACCAAUGGAAGAAAGUUUAAUCUGCUACCUUUCACUGUCCUGUUUAGGAAGUUGACAGUCUCAUUAUUUUGGGGCUCGGGGUGAUCAAUGGAAUUUUGAGUUAAUGAUUAGCACAAGUACAUUUCGUUUUUGUUCAUACUUUAUUGAAAUAAAGAGCAUUUUGGAAUUCCAAUCU